UGCUGGGUAUUCAUACACAAAUCAAUAGUGAAAGAAAAGUGCUUGAAACUGGACUGUUCAUAAACUAUAAGCACAAAAUGUCAAAGCGUAAGAAGAGCGCUGCUUUGAUAGAAUCCGAUAGUGAGGAAAGUGACAGUGGUUCAGAUUUGGAAGAAGAUUUGAAAGCACUAACAAAAAGAAAACGUCAAGAUUCUGACUCAGAAACUUCAGAAAGUGAUGAUGAUUGGACAAUGAAUGGAGAAGGAAAAAAGAAGAAAAAAUUGAAACAAGCAAACAAGAAAACAAAUCGCAAAUCUGCAGCAAUAUCUUCAUCAUCUGAAAGUGAUGCGGAGAGUGACAAACAUGUGUCAGAACCUGAGGAAGGAGAAGUGUCCGAAUCUGGCAGCAAUUCUGGCCCCGCUGAAGAAUCAGAACCAGAAUCUGACAAAGAAACUUUUCAUGAUGAAUAUGAUGAAAAUCUGUACGGUGAUGAAGAAGAUAGAAAGAGAUUGGAACAAAUGACAGAAAAAGAACGAGAACAAAUAUUAUUUAACAGAGGAGAACUUCGACAAGUACUUAAAACAAGGUUUGAAAUAGAGAAAAAGCUUCGGCAAGCAAAAAAGAAAGGCCUAUUGAAGAAAGAAGUAAAUGAUGCGGCAAUAAAUAAAUCAACUAGCCAGAGGAGUACAGAAAGACGGAAAAACAUGGAAGAGAAAAAGGACAAUAAAAAGUUUGCUGCACUCAAAGAUCUGAAGGCAAAGCGUGAAGAAAAGAAAAAAUUAGCUGAAGAGUUAGAAAAGCAGGAACAGAAGAAGAAACUACUCAAAGCCAGUGAAAUAUAUUCAGAUGACGACGAUGAUGAUGACGAUGAAGAUGACGACGACAAAGAGGAUAGAGACGAAGAAACGAAGUCAAGGUCACGGGAUCAAGAUACAAGGGGAGAUAAAUCAGGGAGUGAAUCUGAUAGUAGUAGUAGGUCUUCUUACAGUGGCUACAACUCCGAAUCAGAUGAUGGGUCACUUAGAAGUUCGAAGAGGAAAGUACAGUUUGUCAGCACCAAAGAAGAGUUAACAAAAGUUAAACUUUCACGGCAUAAGUUAGAGAAGUGGUGUCACAUGCCAUUCUUCGUAAGGACAGUACAAGGUUGCUACGUAAGGAUUGGUAUAGGUAACCAUGAAGGCCAAGCUGUCUACAGGGUUGCUGAAAUUAUUGGUGUUGUUGAUACAGCCAAGAUAUACCAACUAGGCAGUACACGUACAAACAAGGGACUUAAACUCAGACAUGGCCACUCAGAAAGAGUGUAUCGAUUAGAAUUUGUCUCCAAUCAAGACUUCUCAGACUCUGAAUUCUUCAAAUGGAAGGAGGCCAUGAUGUUGGGAGGACUUGUCCUGCCAACUUUGGAUGAGAUUGAAAAGAAGUUUAAAGAUAUACGAGACGCAUUACAAUAUAAAUUUAAAGAAAAUGACAUUGAAGAGAUUGUGGCUGACAAACUGAAAUUUAAGAAGAAUCCUCAUAAUUAUGCUGUAAAGAAAACACUGCUUUUAAAACAGAAGGAAAUGGCUGACAUUGAAGGAGACCAGGCUGGUCAGUCAAAAAUCAAACAGGAGCUUGAACAGUUGGAAGAGCGAGCCACAGAGCUUGACCGUAGGAGGUCAAGCAACAUCAGCUCCAUCAGUUACAUCAACCAACGUAACAGGCUUAGGAAUAUGAUAGACGCAGAAGAAGCUUUCAAAGUUGAAGUGGCAGCCAUGAAAACUGCUACAGCUGAUCCCUUCACACGGCGACAAUGUCGACCCACAAUUGUGACAAAGUCAAGAGAUGCGCCUUCAGAGGUCGAUGUAAAACUCAAAACUGAGGAACAAAAACGCAACUCAUUACCAGAACUAGAUAGGCCAAAUCAGAAUGAGUCAGAAAGAGGGAAAUCAGAUAAGAUGCAUAAGGCUGAUCCACUGAAGUUCCUAGAACCCACCAAACAGAAGUCGACAGAGGAUCUUUUUGACGUCCACAACUUUGAUAUCACUAUUGAUUUAGAAGUGCCGUCGAGCAACCCGGCCAUAGCUGUGAACAAUCGAUCUGCCCAGAAUGUGAGGGACCCCACUCCACGGCGGUCACUGAACCUGGAGGAGUACAAGAAGAUGAAGGGUUUGAUAUAAGAGUGAGGUGUGUGAGAGAGGGGCCCAAGGCUUGGCCUGGUCCAGAGUGGGUGUAUUAGUGUGGAGAGUUUGGUCUGUGAGAGUGCUCCCAAAUCAUUGUACCAGUUUAUAUUAGGACAAACUUUGUACUGAUGGGAUGGUGAUCAAUAUGCUCAACUGUCAAAGUGUUGGAUAAAAGAUGUUCCAUGUGUUUUUAUUUUCCACCAAAAGAAGGGAUAUCAUAUUGGUUGUCGAUCAUCACUGUUUUGUUAUGAAUCUCUGUUACUUUAGAACACCCCAGUGUACUAAAGGUGGGGGUAUAUACUAAUUACUUUUUAGCAUUCAGUUAAUUAACAAAAAACUAAUCGUAUUUCUAUCAAGAUUCACUUAGAACCAUUUAAUCUAAGACCCUAUGGUAUUAUAAAAAAUAUUUAUCAAAUUAGUGAAGGUGUCAAAAUAUGCAGGUAUCAUUUAGUAGUUUUUAUAAAAAAUGGGAUCAUAGCUGUAUGUCAGAUGUGAAAUCAUGUCAGAAUACUCAGGGGUCAGAUUGAACAGGUUUUACUAUAAAUCAGUCUUUUUGUCAUCAUUUUGAUGUGUUGUUGAUUUCGUUUUGAUCUGUAGAAUAUUGAUUAACAUUAGAUAUGUAAAUGGCAUAUUUACUUUUCAUAUGAAUUUUUUGGGUAUAAUAUGAAAUUUUUGUUUAAGUUCAUCAUACUUGUGUUUGGCAAUAUAUCAUCCAGGCUUUUGCUGUUCUUGUUUUAAUAGAAUCUUGUGUUGAUAUAAUCCUAAUUGUUAUAUUGAAUGAAUACCGGUAGAUUUGAACAUAUGACUUGAAGACACCAAACAUGUUUUUUCUUUUAUAACAGUUUUAUCCGUGACUUUUGAUUUGCGUGUCAGUUUGGCAUAACAUAUUUAAUCCUGUCGAUUAUAAUCCAAAGUAACGCCCACCAUCAUUGUGUGAAUUAACUUAUCUUAAUAACAUAGCUGUUUAUGAUAUACCGGUAGUAUAUAGAUAUAUGUUAUAGAGUAUUACUGAAGUAUUUUGUGAGAUUGUUUCUGAUGGAGACUUAAUAUAUGUGUAUUUGCCUGAUUAAAUCUGGGAUAUGAUUAGGGCUAUUCCAGAAUUAUCUGUGUUGAAGAUAUGGGUGACACUUGUAUCAAAAUAUGAUGGUUUGUGGAGGUAAAUCCCCAUUUUCCAAGUAUUCCUUAUGCUGAAAUAUGUUUUUAUAAUUGAUGAAUGGUGGAUGCCUCCCACCCCUCCCCACGGAUAAUUUUGGAACAGACCUUAGGAUAUAAUUGCCUACCUUGGAAUUUAAAGAAUGCAUAUGCUAUUUGUUUCAAGGUAAAACUUGAUUCUGAUGAUGAAUAUACCUGUAUGUGUUUAUACAGUGAUCAUUCAUUUUAUGGAUUAAUUUUAUCGUUAUAUUAAUGAUAGUAAUCUUUAAAGAGAAAUUGGUGUUAUUUUCUGUGCGUUUCAAAUUAUGUGAUACAAUCUCAUUACGUCAUAAAAUACAAUCGAAAUAUUCAUGUACUGUAAAUCAGAUUGUUUAAGGGAUCUCUUAUUUUCACACAAGUAAAAUCAUACAAAAUAUGGCUAAACUAUGUGCCAAUUAAUUAUUGUCCUAUUGAAUUUGAUAAUUUACAGUGCAGUAAUAGUAAUUUUUCAGUUGGGUUUUAAUUUUCACUAUUACCAGGCUAAAAAAAAAUUAUGAUAAGCCAACAUUAUUAGUGAAAAUUUCAGAAAAGUUUUUGUCUGAAACAUUUUAACUUUAAAUAAUUCAAACUUAAACACUUCUCUCUGUCUUGUAAAAUAAAUUGAGCAGAGAAAAUUGGCUGAGAACAGUUAUAAUUGAGAUAUCCAAGGAGUGUAUGUGCAUGAUUUGUUUUGUGGCAGGAAUAUUUGACAGAAUGCGACAGGAAAGUGUGAUGCAUGAUUUGUAUAGCUACAUAUCUGUGAAGUGUAUGUUUAGCAACGGGGAAUAUGAGGCACAAGAUUUGUACAACAACAUAGAAAGGAGGCAUAACAUUUGUACAACAUGAAUAAGAGGUGUAACAUUUGAACGACAGGGAAUAUUUGGUGUAAGAUUUGUACGACGGAAUAUAAGGUUUAAGAUUUGUACAACGGAAUAUUUGGUGUAAGAUUUGUACGACAGAGAAUAUAAGAUGUAAGAUUUGUACGACAGGGAAUAUAAGGUGUAAGAUCUGUACGACAGGGAAUACUAGGUGUAAGAUUUGUACGACAGCAGGAGUAUGAGGUGUAAGAUUUGUGCGACGGAAUAUAUGUAUUAGGUGUAAGAUUUGUACGACAGCAGGAAUGUGAAGUGUACAAUUUGUAUGGUGACAUGUAAUAUGAGAUGUAUGAUUGAUAUGAUGAAAUAAUUGUCAGAUGAAUGAUUGGUAUGAUGAAAUAAUUGUCAGAUGUAUGAUUUGUAUGCUGAUAGAAACUGCUAGUGACUUGUGUGAUUGGGAAGCAAAGUGCAUGAUUUGCGGCAAAAGGUUGUGUUUCAGUUUAUACUUAAAUCUGUAACAUUCAAUGAUUCCUUUCAUAAACUACACAAACUCCGAGCAUAUUUCACAGUGAAACAUUUUUUCAAUAAAGCUUUGAUGGAUUUUCACUUUAAAGUACCGGUAAAGUGUCUUGUGCAUUUGAUAAGGACAGAUUUAUCAAUUUAGUCAUGUUUUUUUCUGUGGCUUUGAUGGAUUUUUCUUCAUGAUGGAAAAAGAAAGCAUCUGGGGCAUGGAAUAUUAUCAAUAGUCUUUGGCAUUCAACGGAACCCUAUAUAUUGUCCAGUAUAUAGACACCAUAGCAUGGUCAUAGACAGUUUAUGUUCAGAUUUAUUAACAGUUUGAUGUCACAAGCUAAAAACCUCAUUUGUUUUGCAGAAUUAUGUGUGUUGACCAUAAAUUCAUGUUCUAUAUAUUUUACCAGAGAUUAGUUUUAGGUCUACUUGAUAAUGGAAUUAAACAAUGGCCAGGCUUAUUAAUGAGCGCGGGCUGAAUACCAAGCAUGUGGUUGACACAAGUUUAAUGUGUAAAGUUUAUCUACCUCGUCUCUUGUAAUAUAUAUUUAAUGAUACGAGGUGAUGACUAAAAGUAUCUUGCCGUUACUGUACUUGUUGUCAAAGUUGAUUAAUACUUGGACAAUCUAUGUUCUGAUCCACACUUUGAAUGGAAGGGUUGAAAUUCCCAUCCCAUCGGAUGACCUGUUUGUCGUUGGUUCCUUAGGGACCUGGCCACUUAAUUGGUAACUUAGGUCAUAUGGGACAGCUUGUCUUCAUAUCGUUUGUUGUAUCUUAAAAUUUAAUAAAAUAUUGUGACAAAGAAAAAA